AUAUAUGGUGAAUGAGCUGUUUAAAUGCCACGUCGCGCGCAUGAUCAAACAUCCAUGUUGUAUUUUGCAUUGUGAAAGAAAUUUUCUUUUCAUUUGUAAAUUAUACGCUUUUUUAAAAAUUAUGGAGAUUUUACGUGGUUUUAAGUCAGUCUUAGGUGCACAAAAUGAAGAUGCUGCUCAGACUGGCUCCGACACGGUUGAGAAACUAUGUGACAGAGUCUCCUCAUCUACACUUCUCGAAGAUCGAAGAGAUGCUGUGAGAGCACUGAGGUCCAUGUCAAAGAAAUAUAAGCUAGAUGUGGGGACAAGAUCAAUGGAUAUUUUAUGCAAUGUUUUGACCAAUGACAGAAAUGAUUCUGAAAUUCUUGGUUUGGCAUUGGAAACAUUAUGCAACAUAAUGAGCACUGAGAAUGUUGGACAACAAGAAGAAGUUAGCAAAGAGGGACAGAUUGCUUCAGAUGCCGAUCUUGGUGUUCAGUUCACUGAAAUCUUCAUCAAGAAUGAAGAAAAUAUAUCCAUGUUGCUUAGCUUGUUGGAGGAAUAUGACUUCCAUGUACGCUGGCCUGCUGUUCGCCUUCUCACAAUUUUGCUAAAGAACCAGUGCUAUCAAAUUCAACAAUGUGUGCUUGUCAAUCCUAUGGGUGUCUCCAGGCUAAUGGACCUAUUGUCUGAUAGUCGAGAAAUUAUAAGAAAUGAGGGUUUGCUACUACUGACACAGUUGACCAAGUCAAAUGCUGCAAUUCAGAAAAUUGUAGCAUUUGAAAAUGCAUUUGAUCGUCUAAUUGAGAUCAUUACUGAAGAAGAAUAUAGCGAUGGAGGAAUUGUGGUGGAAGAUUGUCUGCUUUUGAUGCUUGGACUACUGAAGUCGAAUGUCUCAAACCAAAAUUUUUUUAGAGAAGGAAGUUAUAUUCAAAGAAUGACUCCUUUUUUUCAACUGGAUGCAACUUUAUCCAAUGGUGCUGAAAGAGGUUGGUCUCCUCAAAAGAUGGCAAAUAUUAAUUUUAUGCUGAAGAUACUAAGAACACUUGUUUCACCAAAUAACCCACAACAGACAACAGCAUUUGCACAAAAAAUUAUGAACCACUGCGGUGUUCUCAAGUUAUUAUGUAGCAUUUUAAUGGCAACUGGGAUCCCAUCUGAUAUUCUCACCGAGACAAUCAACACGGUAUCUGAAGUAAUACGUGGUAAUCAAGAGAAUCAAUCUUAUUUCUCCCAAGUAAACGCUCCUUGCACACCGCCUAGAUCAGCCAUUGUUGUUCUCCUUAUGUCUAUGAUAAACGAGAAGCAACCGUUUAAUUUACGUUGUGCUGUUCUUUAUUGUUUUCAGUGUUAUCUGUACAAGAAUGAGCUUGGUCAGACACAGGUUGUGUCAACUUUACUUCCUAGUGCAGCUGAUGCAACGACAGUAUCUGCCGGCCAGUUGUUAUGCGCAGGCCUGUUUAGUCCAAACGCAUUCUCGAAUUGGUGUGCAUCCAUUGCAUUGUCCCAUUGUUUGAAGGAAAAUUCCGUGCAAAAAGAACAGUUACUACGUGUUCAACUUGCUACCAGUGUAGGUAAUCCACCCAUCUCACUUAUCGAUCAAUGUACAAACAUGUUAUCUCAUGGUGCUGCAACAAUACAGGCUAAGAUUGGUCUACUCAGUUUGUUAUGUAGUUGGCUUACAGCAUGUCCUAUAGCAGUGUCACGUUUUUUACAGAAUACAUCAAACAUACCUUAUUUGACUUCACAAAUUCAAAAUCACGGUGAAGAAGAAGAACGUGUUGUCUCUGGGUUAUCUGCUUUAUUGCUCGGAAUAUGCUCUAUUGAGAACGAUGGCAGUGUUAAGGAUUGUUCCAGAGAAGCUAUACAACAGUUGAUAUCAAAGAGGAUUGGAACGGACAACUUCCUUGACAGAAUACAUCAUAUAUACAAAACGGAAUACUAUACACAAGCAUCGAAGGCACCAGAGAUACAGGCAGUUUCAUCGGAACACGUUUUUUUUGAUCAUGAAUUUACAAAACUUUUCAAGAAACUUGAAGCUUCUGUGAGUGUAGCCGUAGAAGGGGGUCCUGUCAAAGAAAAUUUACAGAAUACGUCUGCUCCUAUGGCCAGCGGUGCUGACAACCAGGAAUCAGUUAUUACGUCAUAUAAGGAGCUUAUUAAGGAACAGGACGAUGAAUUGGGAAAAAUUCGAGCAAAAUGUGGUGAGCUUGAAACUAAUUAUACUCAGGCUCAAAUACAAUUGCAACAGCAAGCAUUGGAGAUGCAGAAAUUGAAAGAUCAACUGAAUAAUAGACUUAAUGACGAAGGAAAUGUCCGUUCAGAAAUUGACAACACCAAUGUACAAUCGUUACGUCAAAUGGUGACAGAUCUUCAACAGGAUUUGAACAGUAGAGAAUGUGAGGUACAAAACAAAGAAGACAGAAUUAAACAUCUGGAACGUGAACUCGAGGUAUCCAAGGCAUCUUUAGCUGUAGCAAACGCUGCGUCCAUUUUGUCGUCUAAAGAUUCAAAAAACACUGGUGGAUUACGUCAUUCGCAAGUAUCUGUUAGCUCGUUGGAAGAAGAAGUGUUGUCUUUACGAGCUGAAAACUCAUCCCUGCGCAACGAAAUAACGUCACAGGGGCAAGUUGGCAAUUCGGAGAUCGUCGUGAAGAGUUUAGAAAAAAAAAUAGACGAGCUUUUGAAAGAUCUUCAAGCAAUUCGCAAUGAGAAAGAAAGCAUUUCUCAAGAACACGAAGACUUGUUAGUUUUAUUAAGUGAUCAAGACGCAAAGUGUAGUAAAUACAAGAAACGAUUGAAGGAACUUGGCGAAGAUUUAGGUUCGGAUGACGACGAUGAAGAGGAAGAUGAAAAUUGUGAGGAGAGUGAUGAUAGUGAAGAAGAAGAUGAACAAGAAGAUGAACAAGAAGAUGAUGGUUGCAAAGGAAGUGAUGCAAAACAAUAUGAAGAAGGCAACCAUUGCCGAACUAUUCUGAACGGAGUCCAGUCAGAAAAUAAGAGUCCUAAUGAACCAGAUUCAACAGAGAAUUUUCGCGAAGGUGAUGUGUGUACUUUAGGGGAACCCAAGGAGUCAGGUGAUAAAUCUGAUGAUGUGAUCCACAUUGAAAGUUUGGAUGUAGAGGAAAUAAAUGGAGUAUCUCAAAUCGAUGGUGUUUCUGAUGCCACCGAAAGUGACGUAGAUUGUCCACUAUCUAAAGAUCAGGUUAAUGUAGAUGGAGUUCAAGACAUUGGUGGAGAAACAAGGAUAGAACAGGCAGUUUAUGAGAAUAAGACGAUAGAUGAAAAUAUCGCUGAAGAUGAUAUCAACUUAACAUAAUGGCAAAAUGUAUUUACAUUACAGAAAAUCACUUUUAACCGUACUAAAAUUUCCCCAAAAUGUUAAGGAGAAUAUAACUUAUGAAAUGAAUUAUUAAAAUAUUCUUUAAGAA